AUGAAGUCGCCUUCGUGGAUUCCUCGCAAUCGGUCUUAUGCCCUGUCAUCGGGACCGUCGGAUCAUGAAAAGGGGCACGAUGAGGUCCUUGAAACUCCCGUCCCAUUUGUGACUUGGAGAUCCUUGCUUCUGGGGGGAUUUGUCUCCAUCGGCGGCAUCAUCUUCGGUUACGAUACCGGCCAAAUCUCGGGCUUUCUCGAGAUGGAGAAUUUCAAAAGAAGAUUCGGCCAGCUGCAGUCUGACGGGACGUAUGCGUUCAACAACGUGCGGUCCGGUCUGAUAGUUUCCUUGCUGUCCAUCGGCACGUUGCUAGGGGCCCUGCUCGCCGGGCCUCUGGCGGAUCGCAUCGGUCGCAAAUGGUCGAUUGCGUUUUGGUGCGUGGUUCUUCACGUCGGACUCAUCAUCCAGAUAGCCUCGCCUGCCCCCAAGUGGUACCAGGUGAUGAUGGGCCGGUUCGUCACCGGAUUCGGGGUGGGAUCGUGCUCCUUGCUGGUGCCCAUGUACCAGGGCGAGAGCGCUCCUCGACAAGUUCGCGGAGCCAUGGUGUGGUCAGUCGUUCCCCCAUCGAUGCUGCUUCGGGGGCAUUCCCUGGUUGACCGUCCAUCGAAUAGCUCCUAUCAAUUAUUCGUCACGCUGGGCAUCUUUGUUGCGUAUUGCAUCAACUACGGCACCGAGAGUAUGGCCAACUCCGCCUCCUGGCGCAUUCCCCUUGGCAUCACGUUCCUCUGGGGCUUGAUCCUGGGCAUCGGCAUCAUCUUCUUCCCCGAAAGCCCCCGAUACGACUACCGCCACGGACGCAUCGACCGGGCGAAGAAAACCAUGUCCAGGCUGUAUGGCGUCCCGGAAAAUCACCAAGUAAUCCAGGACGAGUUGGCCGAGGUCAAAGAGCAGCUCGAGGCCGAGAGUGACUCUCGCGGGGGUUGGCACGGGUGGAUCGAGAUGUUCCAAGGCCCGCGCAUGCCCUAUCGCAUCAUCCUGGGGGUCGUCCUGCAAGCGCUGCAGCAGCUGACCGGGGCAAAUUACUUUUUCUACUACGGGACGGUGGUAUUCAACGGCGCCGGGAUCAGCAACACCUAUGUCACCCAGAUGAUCCUGGGCGGCGUCAACUUCGGCACCACCUUCGGCGGACUCUACAUUAUUGAGCACUUCGGCCGACGCAAGUCGCUAAUCACCGGUGGCAUUUGGAUGUUCGUCUGUUUCAUGGUCUUCGCCUCGGUUGGCCAUUUCUCCCUGGACGUCCACCACCCCGAGGCGACCCCGGGCGCCGGGAAAGCCAUGGUUGUGUUCGCCUGUUUAUUCAUCACCGGCUUCGCAUGUACCUGGGGACCCCAGGUGUGGGCUAUCGUGGCCGAGCUGUAUCCAUCGCGCUACCGAGCGAAAGCGAUGGCCUUAGCCACGGCGUCGAACUGGCUGUGGAACUUCCUGAUCAGCUUCUUCACUCCGUUCAUAGCGGGGGACAUCGACUUUGCGUAUGGAUAUGUCUUUGCCGGGUGUUUGUUUGCCGCCGUCCUAAUAGUCUACUUCUUCGUCUUAGAAGGAAAAGGAAAGACGCUAGAGGAGAUGGACAUGAUGUACGUGAUGCGCGUGGCUCCAUGGAAAAGCAGCAAAUGGGUUCCGCCACCCCCGGACCAGCGCAUCACGACCGGUCACGUUCUUGACCGGAGGAUGGCUGAGAACUAUUCGGAGGGCGAAGAGGAGGCCACUAAGAGGAAGCCCGAAGAUGACAUCCGCCAUCAACACAUUGACGACAACGCCGCUGCGGGUCCGUCAAUUACAUAA